GCUAUUCCCUCCCUCCUUGAAAGAAAGAGAAAGAGAGAGAGCGAGAGAGAAAGAGAUAGAGAGAGUUUCUCCAGGGGCGCUGAAAAGGUAACUACAUCUGCGUGCGCAGGAGAACAGGGCACCCCGCAGCUACAACGGCUGCUUCCACUGGACUACUGCACAAGAACAGAAGGGGAGAGGGAAAAAAACUAAAGUAACGACCAGAGAGGCAAAGAGGCAGCAGAGUAAGGGCUGCAGGAGUGGAAGGCAGACGGAAAGAAGGAAAUAAUAAGGAACAGAAGAAGGACAACGGGAGGGCUGAGACAGACGGGAAACCAUGCAGGCUUCUGCCACAGCUCCCGUGGCGCUGGUUCUGUGCACGCUGGUUCUGAUGUCCGGGCCCGGGAGUGCUCGUCGGAUCAGGAGGAGGGGACUAAGCCAAAAGGACUACGAGUACCCGAACCAGUCAGCACAGCACCAGAAGAGCGACCGCUGCCCGCCGCCACCCCAGAUGCUUCCAGAGCGGGCGUGCGAGGUGCCCAGCUGCCGCUCCGACUCCGAGUGUGAGCGCCACAAGCGCUGCUGCUACAACGGCUGCAUCUACGCCUGCCUGGAGUCCGUGCAGCCUCCGCCAGUACUGGACUGGCUGGUGCAGCCCAAGCCCCGGUGGUUGGGUGGAAACGGCUGGCUCCUGGACGGACCAGAGGAAGUCCUGCAGGCGGAGGCGUGCAGCACCACAGAGGAUGGGGACGAGCCCUUGCACUGUCCCACAGGGUACGAGUGUCACAUCAUCAGCCCCGGGAACCCCUCCACCGGCGUCCCAAACCGCGGCCAGUGCAUUAAGCAGCGGGGAUCCUCUGAUGGACGCAGUCUGAGGCACAAGUACUUCAAAGAUUACAAGGAUUACCUGGGAAGCAACUCAAACAAUGCAGUGGGCUAUGAGAAGCAUCACCACAAACACCUGGGCUGAAGAACAAGUCCCCUGGGUACACCGCCCCAUUGGCUGCUGAUGUCCGUCCUCCCAGCCCCGCCCAUCCUCACCCUACCUCCACAGGAGACACUGGUAUGGAGGAAAACUUCAUCUCGUUAUUACGCUCAACAUUCACUUCCCGACUGAGGCAGUCUCGCGCAACUCUGUCCACUUCCUGUCAAUUGUCCAAGACGUCCAAUCAGCUGACUGAUUGAGGACUUCAGAAACAUCCACUUUGUACUGGCCUGGAACACA